AUGCGCAUAAAACUGCACACCCUCGCUCCGUUGCCAGAGCGCAAGGUUCUCUUCCCAGUGAACAGUGCACACACCGUCGCCGCCCUCGCAGAGCAAGUGUGCGCUUCUGUUAUCACACCAGCAAUCUCACGAGGACGUCCUCCACGAGCUCACGAGCUGGUCCUCGAGGUCGACGGCUUUGAGCUCCUCCCAAACAGCUCUGCAAAUGUGCUGGAACAAAACGACGUUGUAACUGUCCGUCUCAAGCCCGGCUCCAGCAAGAGACAGGCAAUCUCCCCAACUCGUGAGGGCUCCGCCGCCAAGCGACUCAGGCAUACGCGCCCCGAGUCUGUUCCCCUCCCCGAGUCAUCCGAAGACGGCGAUAAGGAUGUAGACAUGCCCUCGGCUUCGUCAGACUCGAGCGCAUCUGCAUCAUCGUCGUCCUCAGAGUCAUCCUCUGAGGAAGAGUCGUCAUCUGAGAGCGAGAGCGAGAGCGAGUCCUCGUCGUCGUCGGAUUCCGAGUCGGACGCACCCCGUCCAGCGCCUACUCGUCCUCCUACCCACCUCACCCCUCUCGAGACCCAUAUUCCUCCAUUCCAAGGCACGACCGCAACGCACGAGCGCAACCUCCGCCGUCGCCGGGCGAGGCAGAUGAAGAAGCUCGCCGCCGCCGCCGAAGCCACCGGAGAGCCGCUGGACGCUGCGAUCGCUUCUGGGUCUGCUCUCCUGCCCUUGCCAUUCACGUUACCGCCCCUCCCAUCCCUUCAAACCACCACCGUUCCGACUACCCAGCAACUUCCUGUCCCGCGCCAGAUGGAAAACAGGAAUAAGAAGCGCGGCUUCCUCCGUGACAAGGGUUUCCAGGCGAACGGCACCAAGACUGUGUUCGCAGAGGGCGAAGGUGGAGGCGAGAGCGACGAGGUGGUCUCAAGUGGUGUCCACGGGGCGUCGGCGUCGCCUGUCCCCGCUCCCAAGGAGCCCACUCCGGAACCUCAGCCUCAGCCUCAGGAGGACACCUCCCGCUCUGCCCCGCCGACCCCCAUCCGCGUCCCGGAACCUACCCCGCACGCGCGUCUUGUUCCUCCCAGUGAAAAGACAAACCUUCCCAACAACGUCUUUGUCACGUCGCGCGUGUUCCCGUUCAUGACGGACAAUGCGAGGCGGAAAAAAGAGAGGCAGCGUGCGGAGCGUAAGGAGGAGCGUAGGGAAGAGCGACAGCAGCAGCAGCAGCAACAGCAGCAGGAAGAGGAGGUCGACUACUCGCAAGGUCUGCCCUAUGGCGAUGCCGACGAGGACGAAAGGCGCGUCCCAGCUCCACGCGAGUCGCGAGCGAACGGCCAUGCCAACGGAAACGCCAGCGAGGAGGCCAGUGGGUCAAUGUGGACCGACGUCGACGCCGCUUUCGACAGCUUGCCCAAGGUGUCUGACACCCUCGCGGUCGGCGCUCUUGUGGCGUGGAAGGAAGUCGUGCUCGACUUGACCACGUUUUCGCCCGAGCUCCAGCUCAUCAUCGCCAAGGUCGAGUCCGUGGCUGAUGGCAACGUCACUCUGCAACGCGUCGCGCGGCCCAAGCAGCAGUGGGACGAGGAAGAGUGGGCCGAGGACGGAAUGGAGCUGGAGGAAGACGAGCCCGACGUGUCCACUACCACCGUCACCCUGCUGGCCGAGGGCGACAGGCGUGUCGUCCCCAGCUCGUACAUGUAG